GACAGGGAAUAGACUCAGUCCGCAAUCCAUCAGAGAAGAUAGCAGACCUUUUCUGAGCUCACUCAGCAGCCAACUAUCAUUAUUUCUUGAAGAUAUAUACUUCUUAAGUAAAAAAAAAAAAAAAAAUAUUAUUUGAAUAUAGCUUUGCCUAGUAUCAUCACAUUCAAUGGAUAUCUUGAAAUUCCAGCUGGUAAUAGUUACCCUGUUUGCACUGGUGUAUACAUACCAAGGAUUGUCGUUUAGUGUUGACAAGGAACACUGGGUAUCAAAAGACUGGCAGGAUGAGCCACUGGAAGAGAGAUUGUCCAGCCAAGUGGCUAGUCUGAUAAAGAGAUCCAAAGCCCGUCAGUUCUACGGGCUCAUGGGCAAACGCUCAGACGAUCAGCCGCAGCCUAUUAAAGUGGAUAGAAAACGAAACAAAGGGGACAUGUUUGUUGGACUUAUGGGAAGAAGAGCACUAAGUGGGGAAUCGUUCACGAGGAUCACUCCAGAUGCUCCAAGCACUGCGGUCGAUGUCACUGAGGGAUCAGACACACAACCAGAUUCACAAGAGGAAUGGGACCAACUCCAAUAUUACUAAAGCUAGAAAAAAAAAGAUUUGUUUUCAUGACCUAUACAAUUUUGAUAUAGACU